AUGGAAGUUCCUGAGGCAAGAGUCCUGAUCGUGAUUACAGGAGGCACGAUAUGCAUGCAACCAUCUGAGAAUGGUCUUGUACCGGGAAAAGGGUUCCUGAAGAACGGUCUCGCUCCUAGACCAUCUUUCAACGACGGCUCAUAUCCCGAGCCGCUCGAGAUUGUCAUAGACGGAAAAGGUACCCGCAAAGCUGUGCAAAGCUUGCGCACUCCCACAAGCACCUAUGGUCGGCAGGUCCGAUACAGUGUUCUGGAGUUCGAUCAACUGCUCGACAGCAGCAGCAUCGAUGCUGAAGGCUGGGACCAGAUUGCGAGAACUAUUGAGCGAAACUACCAGCUCUAUGAUGGCUUUGUAGUCUUGCACGGAACCGACUCAUUGGCCUACACCAGUAGUGCUCUCAGCUUCAUGCUUCAAAAUCUCGGAAAACCUGUUAUUCUCACUGGCUCGCAAGCGCCCAUGAUGCAGCUGCAAAAUGAUGCUCAGGACAAUCUGCUGGGCGCUCUUGUUAUCGCAGGCCAUUUCAUGAUUCCCGAAGUAUGCUUGUUCUUCAACUUCAAGCUCUUCAGAGGCAACCGUGCGACUAAAGUCUCAGCCGACGAUUUCAAUGGAUUUGCCAGCCCGAACAUGCCGCCUCUCGCCACUAUCAGCAGUUUAAGAACCAACGUCAGCUGGGAUCUCGUCUACAGGCCAAGAAUUGUGAACCCUUUCUGUGUGCACUCGAACUUGGACACAGCUCACGUAGCUUGUCUGCGUGUAUUCCCUGGUAUCAAGCCACAGAUGGUGGAUCUGUUCCUGCGUACUGAAGGACUCAAGGGCUUGGUGCUCGAAACCUUCGGCGCUGGCAACACUCCUGGAGGGCCGGAUUCGCCUAUGACUAAAGUUUUGGCAGACGCCGUCAAACGUGGCAUUGUCAUCGUCAAUGUGACACAAUGUCUCAGUGGCAGUGUCAGUCCACUGUACGCUCCAGCAACCUAUCUUGGACGUGCAGGUGUGGUCUUUGGUCAGGAUAUGACCACAGAAGCCGCUUUGACAAAACUUUCGUACCUACUUUCUAUCCCUGGAUCGACACCUGAGGACGUGGCCAAGCAGAUGCACAACUCACUCAGAGGUGAAUUGACGGAGAGAGGACGAACACACUUCCAACAUCCUACUAGUGGCACUCUGACUCCAGAAAUAUCGAGUCUGACUGCACUGGGCUAUGCUAUCCAGGAUGGAGAUGCUCUGAGUGUGAGAGACGUUGUCAGGGGUGAGAACCGCUGGCUUCUGAACGAUGUAGACUACUCAGGAAACACUCCUGUUCAUCUUGCAGCUACCGGACCCAACGUUGAUGUACUGAAAGAGAUGCUAAAUCUUGGAGCUAGCGUCCAUUUGCGUAAUCGCAAUGGACGUACUCCUCUCUUCGUCGCUGCGCACGCAGGACUACCUCAACAUGUCGAAGCUUUGAGAGAAGCCGGUGCACACUUGCACUCUGAUGAGCUGGAUACAGCCAAGAUAUUCGCAAAGUCCGACCCUCACCCAGAUGUCUGGAAGCUUGCUGGUGUUGAUGAGCUGUGA